AUGGCAGUGUGUGAUGUGUCCAACUAUUUCAACGGGAACGACGACAAUUGGUUUCAUUUCAACUGUUUCUGGAGGCAUCUCGAUCCAAAAGAAGACAAAAUAAACUUGAAGUUGAUUCAAAAUGUCGAUCGUCUUCGUUGGGAAGAUCAGGUAACUAGGAGCAUGAUAAAAAAUUUGUCUGGGUCAUACGCACAACUUGAAGUGACUCGAAAUCCACAUUUUCUGUUGAUAAUCACAUUACAUAUUUUUAUAAAUUCUCAGGAACGGAACGUCUUUAUCUGAAGACGCUGGUUCGCUUCCAACUCGGUGCAAACCGAUUUUCGGCAACCUCUCUGUUGUAACUUAUAACGAGCCAUCCAUCAGAAAAGGUCCCCGAAUUAACUCGAGCUCUAUACCUUCGAAAAUACUGACAAUGCACGAAAAAGCAUCACGUUCAACCCUUUUUAUUUCAGGAAACGCUCCGCGACAAGAUCGCUCAUUUCCAAGUGUCUCGUGAGAACUACGCGCGCGACGAUUCGUUUUCUGGUCGAGUUUGUCUUCUGGGGCAGCUGAAGACGGAGAAAUCGAAGACAAACCGCGGAAAGUGCUAUGAAUGUGGAUCAAAUUUCUAUGCAGGGGAAACGAAAAUGAACAGUGAAGGAGCGUGGGUUCACGCCGCCUGUCUGUUCGCGUCAUUCGACAAACUCCAUGGCCAGGUGCAGCACAUUCCCGGAUGGGACGGAAUCGACGCGGAGGAGCAAAACAAGAUUUUCAAUGAAUAUGCAAAGAUUCCCGAAGAGAAGCGAUCGAGAAUUCCAGAAAAAAUGGAGAAAGAGUCGAGUGUCCAUGGAAAUCCGGAGAGUAGUGUGGAGCACGCGAGGAAGAGGCCAAUCGAUGAGGAAUUGGACGAGGAGAAAGAGGAGGAGAAACGACGCAAAAUUAGCAGGGAGGCAAAGUUGGCGGCGUUGCGACAGAGAAGAAUGAAGGUACGCCAUGUUUUCAAGUUUUUAGAAAUGUUCGAAAUUGCAGAGGCAAGUGGACAGAUCGUUGGAAUACCGUAAACUGUUCAGAAAAAUGUCGAUCAAAGACAGAGAGAUAAUCUUGGAGGCGAACGAUCAGGAUAUCCCAGUAGGAGAAGACAUGGUGAGCGGAAACUUCAUUUCUUUUGCAUAUUCGUACCGAUUGAGUUUACACUCCCGAACAACCCCCACUCGCUUUCGUCCGAUCCGUCUUUCUUUCUACUGCACUCAGCGGCCAUACAAAAAGACAGACAGACAAACGGCUCUUACGUUUUAUAUACAAGAAAGAUCUCAUUAAUUGCAGGUGAUUGACCGUCUCGCGGACAACGCGUUGUUUGGCUGUCCGAUUGAGUGCGCCGAGUGUCCAGACGGCAAGAUCGUCUACAACUCGGCGAAGCAAACGUACGUGUGCACAGGAUACGCGACCGAGUACACGAAGUGCCCGUUCGAGCAGCAGAAUCCAGUAAGGACGCCGUUCCAACUGCCCGUCAAGAUCCGAAAACAGUACAAACUGUCCGAGUGGACGUUCAACGAGAUGACUGAACGGCUGUAUCUGAAAGACAAGCAGAUCGGCGAGCUGGACGUCGUGCAGCCGAAGGACGAAUCGGAAGGGAGCAGCAGUGCGUCGCGGCCCGCAGACGCAGACUUUGUCCACGCAGCGGAGGUGUUCGACUCGAGCUUCCGAAUUCCCCACAAAAGCAAUGGCGCGCUGCCCGGAACCAGCACGCACAUCAUCAAAAAGGGAACGGUGGUCGACGCGAAGUUUCCGCACGCGGAUCGAUGCCACAUUUUGAAGGACGACGCGGACGGACAGCUCUACCAAGUGACGCUCAGCUUCACCGAUCUGACGACCAACAAAAACUCCUUCUACAAGAUACAGCUGUUGAAGGAGGACAUCAGAGAGUUGGUUUUUUAAAACAUUUUUUGGAGAAACAGUUGGUGAUUUCUGAACAAAUUCCUAAACAAUUGCGAUAAAGGGACUAUGAUUCAGGACCCAAUUACGAAAAUACUUUCUAAAUUUUCUCUUUGCAGUGUGUACUACGUGUUCUGUUCGUGGGGCCGUGUGGGAACAGAAAUGGGCGACACGAGCACGAAGACGUUCAACCGCGAGCAGGCGAUCGAACACUUCAGAAAAGUAUUUUUCGAACAAACGAAAAACGACUGGAAGUACCGGAAACACUUUCGCAAAUGGCCCGGAAAGUUCAACUUUGUGGAGACCGACUUUUCCGAAUUUGUACGUUCCAAAAAAGUAUCUUUCCGAGUUUCAUUCUUUCUCACCAAAAGAACUUUUAGAAAAGAAUAUAUUUGCAAUUUGCAGGAGGGGAUCGCAGUCGCUGAUGUCAUUCCCGGAUCGCAAACGCUCCUUCCACCAUCGGUCAAAGACAUUGUCAUGUCGAUUUUCGACUUGGAGAAGAUGAAGUCGGCGCUGAAAUCGUUCGAAAUGGACGUGAACAAGAUGCCGUUAGGCCGUAUGAGUCAAAAUCAGAUCACGUCGGCGUUUAGUGUGCUCACAGAGCUCGGAGAGUUGCUCGCCGGGAUUCCUGUCAACACAGCCAAGAUUGUGGACGCCAGCAACAAGUUUUACACAAUUAUCCCGCACAAUUUUGGAAUGAAAGUGCCCGAGCCGAUUGAUAGCUUACACAAGAUCAAGGUGAGCGUUUGCGGUGCGGAUCACAGCACACCAUGAUGCUCCGGAUGGAGAUUUCCUUUUUGAGCGAGUCAUUCCAUCUCGUCGGCUCUUUUAAAUCUUCUAAAAAUGUUGUGAAAUUAAUUACAGGAAAAGAACAACAUGCUGAACGCGCUUUUAGAGAUCAAAUACGCGUACGAUCAAGUUUGCGGGGGCGAAAGACCAAAAGACGGUAUGUUGGACCGAGAUCCGAUCGACACAAACUACGAGAAGCUCAAUUGCGGAUUAACAGUUUGUUUUGGAAUUUCGAAAAAAAACCCGAAAGUUCUCAUUUGCAGCCACUGGAGCGAACGUCGUCGGAUUGGAAGCACAUCGAGGAGUACAUGCAAAAUACAAAAGGAUCGACGCACGAUGUAAACGUCGAACUGAUCGACGUAUGUUCUUUUCAAGAAAAUUGUCUAUGAAACUGGAAAAUUGCAGAAAAAUUAGUCCUGUUCUUUAAUUCAAUUCUUGCAGAUUCUGUGUGUGCAUCGUGCAGACGAAUCAACGAAAUUCAAACGCGACCUCGGAAAUCGCGUUCUUCUGUGGCAUGGAUCCGGAAAAAUGAAUUUUGCCGGAAUUCUCGGACAAGGCCUUCGCAUUGCGCCACCCGAAGCGCCUGUCAGCGGAUACAUGUUCGGAAAAGGCGUCUAUUUUGCAGACAUGUUCAGCAAGAGCGUCUUCUAUUGUCGGGUACAGUUUUUUAAUUGCAUUCAUAAAUCUUGGAUCAAUUCGAAACAGUUUGGCAGGUUGGCCAAUUGAUAUUAACACAUUUUAAAAAGCUUUUCAAAAAUUAUAAUUCCCAAUCAAAAAUUGCUUUUAAAACACAAUUUUUUCAAAUUUAUACAGGCUUCGCAACAAGACGAGGCGUAUCUUCUGCUCUGCGAUGUAGCGCUUGGCAAAGAGGUCCGUUUGAUGGCCUCCGCAAGAAUGUCAGCGGCAACGUUGCCGGAAGGAACCGCAUCUGUCAAAGGUUUGUGCGGAUAAACAAUUUUUUAAUGUUUUUUGGCUCUGCCUGAGCAAUCAGGUUAUAAAGGUAGGAUCCAGGUUCCAUACGAAAUAAGCAGGUUCCAAAGAAUGCCCAGGCUUUGAAGUUUUUUAAAUGAAGGGAUAACAUGCGAAAUUUCCAAUUGCAGGUCUCGGUCGUGAAAGCCCCGACCCGGCGGGAAAUUUUUCGCAUCCAGACGGAUACAUGAUUCCGAAAGGACAGCGGAUCAUCAAUUUCGAGGGAAAACGGGGCACGGAUUAUCACCUAUUGUAUAACGAGUACGUUUUUUAAUGUUAAACACAUUUUAAAGAAUCCCCAUUUCUUCUCUAUAAUUUUUUUGGGUUGGGACUAGUCUUGACAUGAAUUUUGAGCACUUUGGAUAACAACUGAACACUCUGUUCGAUCAUCCAGCCGUUUUGAAGGGCUAGGUUCCGACUUUUUUUUUUGCAAACAGCCAAUUUUUAGUUUUAUCAGGGUAGUUCAGCCAGUUUUCGAGGUAUCAUCACGAAAGUAUCUGAGUAUACGUAACUGUAUGUCUUGAAUCCGAAGAGUUACUUUUGAAAAGGAAAAAAAGCUGAUUUUACUUAUUUUGAGUGAUAAAUCAAUUUUGCAGAUUCAUUGUUUACAAUGUGGACCAGGUCCUUCUCAAGUACUUGGUGCGAGUGAAGCUUCUGAAAAAGGCCCGUCAUAUUUAG